AUGGCUGUGGGAAUGGAUGAUAGGUCAAAAUCAGUGGAUGCGGUUAUAAACAUUUUAGAAAGGUGUCGUCAAAUGGCGAAACCAGGGCCAAGCUGCGUCCAGAAACAGACUAACUCUCCCGCUGAAAAUGAUUGUAAUACUAUGCCUGAUGGAUCACAAUGGCCUCACUGUCAACAUUAUUUAAGUGAAGAUGAACCCGUAGACCCCUUAGGACAAUCCAUUGAACUGAUUCAGUAUAAGGAUGAAACAAACUUAGCAGAUAUUAUGAGACUUAUGACAAAAGAUUUGAGCGAACCAUAUUCUAUUUACACAUACAGAUUUUUUGUUCAUUCAUGGCCUGAAUUAUGUAUCCUCGCUUACGAUAAAACACGAGAUGCUAUUGUGGGAGCUGUUGUUGGAAAAGUUGAAACUCAAACUGAUAACCGAAAACGUGGAUACAUUGCUAUGUUAGCCAUUGACGCUUCUCUUCGUCGACAAGGAUUAGGAACGAAGUUAGUAUCACGCGCGAUUCGAAACAUGCAACAUCAAGGCUGCGAUGAAGUUUAUUUGGAAACAGAGGUUGAUAACCUGACUGCUCAAGGUUUAUACUCAAAGCUGGGCUUCAUAAGAGAUAAGAGAUUAAUCAGAUACUAUUUGAAUGGAAAAGACGCGUUCAGACUCAAACUCUUCUUCACAUUGCCAUCACCUAUGCCUCCUCCAGAAUACUGUUAG